AUGGCUUCACAAAACCCAGCAUCGGCAUCGACUCCAGCAUCGGCAUCGACUCCAGCAUCGGCAUCGACUCCAGCAUCGGCAUUUCCUCUUAAUGGACGCGAUAUCCGCAAUAUCCCUCGUUCCGAAGUGAUCCUUGCUGCUGCGACAGCCCCCGUCAUUUAUGUAGCAGAAUACGCACAUGUGAAAGUCGUUCGUGUGCAUGACAAUGCAGUCCUGAAGUUUGGUAAGCAGGUUGAUGCCACGGAGGGAAAAAACAUGGAGUUCGUUCGCCAACACACGACGAUCAAGGUCCCAACCCUGAUCGACGCUUGGGAGGUAGAGGACAAGGACAAGAAUAAAACCAGCACAACGUACCUGCUCAUGGAGUAUGUCGACGGCAUUGUGGUGGAAGAGAUCUGGUCGACUCUCCAUGUGCCAGCCAAGCUCUCCAUUUGCAACCAAGUCUGUGAUGCCAUACAGCAGCUUCAAGCCAUUCCUUUCGCCCAACCUGGCCUGGUCGGUGGAGGAGGUCUUUGUUUUGGCCCUCUUUUCAACGAUUUUGGAGCUGGCCCAUUCGCAUCGGUCGAAGAAAUGGAGGAUUGGUUCAACGAACGUCUCCAAGUUUGCAAAGACUUCAAAAAGGUUCGUCCGGACUACCCUUCCUUCUCAGGAACAUUCAAAUCCUUGGUCAUGUGCCAUCUUGACCUCUACCCGAGAAAUCUGAUGCUAGACAAGCAUGAUAGGGUGUGGAUCCUUGACUGGGCCUUUGCAGGUGGCUAUCCUCCUUGCUUCGAACGGGCCACGUUGGAGCUUGUUGGAAAGUCCCAAUACAAGCCUUGGUCGAACUGA